AAUGGAAAGCGAUAUUUUUGAUUCACCAGACUUUUUAAGUGAAGAACCUGAAGUAGCAGAUUUUCAAUGUGUUGAGGAUGACCAAGAAAAUGAAAACGCGGGACCAUCUUCUGUUUCAAUCGAUAAUAGAAAUGAUUUAUCGCGUUAUAGUAGGAUAGGUGAGCUUGCUUCAAAUAAAGCAGGACUCCAGGGGAUAGAUAAAGAAAAAGUCAAACAAGUUAUCUAUGAAGCUUCAAAGAGCUCUGCAUUUUACCUUAACGAAGCCAGAAAGGAUGAAGCUUUAGGUCUCAGAAUUGAACAAAUGAUGAAAAAAUACGAAUCUCUUAAAAAGCAAAACUUGUCUACCCUUAAUAGUAAAGUUGAUAGUUUGGUACAAGCUAUAGAACGUGGGAGAGACUUAACUCAUAUAAUUGUACAUGUUGAUAUGGAUGCAUUUUAUGCAUCUAUUGAAGAAAGGGAUAAUCCUUCUUUACGCAAUCAACCAAUGGCCGUGGGUGAUAAUUCUAUGCUGACCACUUCGAAUUAUGAAGCCCGAAAUUAUGGUGUACGUAGCGCGAUGCCUGGGUUUAUUGCAAAGAAAUUAUGUCCAGAACUUAUCAUAGUUCCGUGUAAUUUUGACAAAUAUCGUGCAGUCUCGAAACAAAUACGCGAGAUAUUUUCUCGUUAUGAUCCAGACUAUACACCUAUGAGCCUGGACGAAGCAUAUUUAGAUAUAACAAAGUACCUUGAAACAACUGAUAAUUCUCCAGAUGAUGUGGUUGAACAAAUUCGGAGGGAGAUAAAUGAAGAAACAAAAUUAACGGCUAGUGCCGGUAUUGCUGCAAACAAGUUAUUGUCUAAAAUAUGUUCUGACUUAAAUAAGCCAAAUGGGCAGUAUAGACUUCAAAACAAUGUUGAUGAUAUCAUGAAUUUUAUCCGGCCUCUUUCUGUCCGCAAGAUCCCUGGCAUCGGUCGAGUCACCGAAAAAAUUCUAAGUGAAAUGGAUAUUAAGACUUGUGGUGAAAUAUUUGAUAAUCGAGGUUACAUAUAUCAAAUGUUUUCACUAACUUCAUUCAAUUUCUUCAUUCGAGCUGCACUUGGAAUUGGGUCGACUAUUGUUAAAACAACAUUCAGCAGUUUAAGUAAACCCGAGGAUUUGUAUAAGAAACUUCGUGAGCUGGCUGAUCAUCUGGCAGCUGAUCUCUUAAAGGAACGCCUUCAAGGAAAAACUAUCGCAAUAACAUUUAAAUUAGUUAAUUUUAAAAUGAUUACACGUGAAAGAUCUAUUAAAAAAUAUAUACAUACAGCUGAUGAUAUAUAUUGUAUUGGAAAACAGAUAUUAACAGACGAAUUGCCUUUGAACAUAAGGCUUUUGGGGAUUCGACUGUCUAAUUUAAGCUCACGUGAUUGUGAAAAUGGGUUGAAAAUGUGGUUGUCUCAGCAACAAAAUCUCACUUUGCAAUCAAAAAAGUCACAACCUGCUCUUAAACCAUUAGUUAAAUCGAAAGUCAAAAACAUCGGCUUGAAAAGGUGGUUUUCGGCUCGGGAAGAUGUAGCUCAACAACAAAAGAGUGUCAAAAGGCAACAUGUUACUCCCGAAUUAUCAGAAAUGCUGUCAACCGAUUUGUCAACAAAUUGUGAAUUCACCACAGAACUAACUCAAGUAACAAAUGAAGGGUAUUCUACACCAACUACUUUUAGGAAGUACACUUGCCCAGGCUGUAAUAAGCUGUUUUUAAAUGUGCCAAAUCUACAUUUUAAAGAACAUCUGGACGUGUGUUUAAAAACGAUGGAGAUGAAUGAAAACAAUGAUCAAGGCAUGGAUCGGUUAAACUUGUCCGUAUAUGAUACUCUAGCCACGAAUGAACACAACGAUAAUGAGAGUACAGAAGACAAUAUAGAUGUUCAGUCAAUAAAUGCUGAUUGGGAGUGUCCAAAAUGUAACAAAAUUUUUAAAAAUCCUACAAAUCUACGCAUAAACUCGCAUUUGGAUAAUUGUUUAAGGAAAAGUUGUGUAUCUAAUAAUAGGUAUGACUAA